UGUCUUCGUGCUUCACCUCAGGGACGACAUGAUCCCUGAGAUUAAUGUCAUUCUUACUGGCGACGUCCUUGAUAUCUGUUAAAUGUCAGUCAGUUAUAUUCAUGUCUAGAUGUGGUGUUGAAAACACGAACCAGCAUCAACAUCGACGGGAAUAGCCGAGACCAGUCCGGUGGCCAAAAAGGCAGAGAGGAUGGUAGCGAGCUUCAUGAUGAUUGUGGUCGUGGAGGGAAUUGAUUGGAUUGGAUUGUAUGGAAUUGUAUUGCUGUGUCUGAUUGAGAGUGAUUGAGGAGGGAUAGCUUCCAUCUCUUUAUAGGAUUCUAUCUACCGCAUUCAGUUAUUGUAUACAAAGUUAUGGCAGCAUGGAUGGCGUGCUGUGUCGUCAACAUGCCUAUGAUCACCAAUUUCGUAUACAUCAUCGGUAUGCGUCAACUGCCAGAGGAAUGGAUUGUCGAUCAGGCGAUCUACGUCAGCCCCGGACAUGUGGAAUGCCUGUGCCACAUUCCAUAUGACACGUCAAAACGAAUGCAUCGAGAUUGGUUUGUUUCAAGAUAGCUAUUGCCAGCCUUAUCAGGUACAUGGAUGGAAAAUAAAUUAGGUGUCGCUAAUAAAGUCAAUUGAU